AUGGAUGACACCCCCGAUUCCAACUUUAUGCGUGGUACUAGAGAUCCAAAUCUAAGGACAUUCAUGUACGGUCCCACCCAGGUAGUAGGUAUCUUGAUUACUAUUAAUAAGAUGCCUCAAGUCGCUGCCUUGAUUAUCAUGUCCCUCCGACCUGUAAAGGUUUUGCGGAAGGCUGGAGACAGGAAAGGAGCUUUACCGAAUGGCACUGCCGUUCCCAAACGGGCAGAAGAAGCGGCCAGCCACUGGGCAGCAAAAACUAGAACAAAGAACCCAAACCCGACAUCACCUGCUAGAUUCCCAUCCCAUCUCACCCCAUUGCAUCCUAACAGCUUUCGAUCAGGCCAGCAGCGAGUAACGUACUUCUUGUGUAACCUCCUACAAUUAUCCACAGCGCAUCCACUUCACCACCCGAGGUCCGUCCCGCAAACGUGCUCCAUGCUCCAGACUACAACGUUCCCUGCCUGGCCGCCCUUGCCCUUUCAAGCUGGGCCCAGCCCGCGAUAUCCCUGUUGGUUUUCGACAUCACUCCAUGCGCUCGCGAAACAACAACUCUCUCGGCCGCCCGAUUUCCAACGUCGACACUUCCCAGUCCGCACCAUGACAGAUGGCACACCGUUUUCCGAGUCUUCCAUUAAGUGGCUGUUCAUCAGGAAGCUACAUACCCAUGACUGGGCCGGUCACAAUUCCGCCGCCCGGCCAGCCUCCCAACUUGUCACAGUCACCGGACCAUCGAUCCCUUUCUGGACGUUCAUGCAAGACCUGCACUGCAACGAUGGCGUGAACCCAUUUCCACCUCACCUCAACCAUGCUCCUUUCAAUAACCGCAACCCUUGGCAAAACAGCCAGUCCUGA